AUGGACGCCUGCGGCCUCCCCUUCCUUCUCUCGUGGCAUUCUGGAUGUGUUGUCGGGCGCCGGCCGGCGGACCGCUGGGUACGCCGGCUGCCCACGGCCCACGGCCCACCGACAUCUCGGACCUCGCGGGUGCCGAGCCGCGCGGAGGGACAUGGUAACAUGGCUGGGAGGGGGGUGGAGGGGCCACUGGGCCUGGCCCCGAAGCCGCCCAAUGACCGGGGCGGGUAUGGGCCCGGACGUGUGAUGGUACGGGUUUACUCCGAUCGGAGAGGGCAAGUGAGGGGUGUGAACCUGAGGGGUGUGAACCGGCGCUUGCCGGAGCAGCAUGGCGCGAGACGAGCUGUUUUCCCGUCCUGGCCAAACGAGGUUACACUAAACGCAGACAGCAAACAGCCAUCGGACGUCGCCAGCUGCCCCAGCAAGCCCCCCAUUGAGGGGCUCUGGGGUGGGAGGGGCCCAGCGGCUUGGUUGGGGUGUGUGCCAGGCGUCAGCUCCCUAGUGCCUAGAGACCCAAGCUCCAAGAUUGUAAUUUGCCGAAAUCUCCCAGCCCGCGCGUGGGUGCAGACAUGGUGGGGGGUGUCGGUGGUGUGUGCCCGACUGCUGAGCAGGGUCUCAACCCGCGCUCGGACAGUCGCUCGAUUAGCUCGCACAGUACGGAAAACGUCAUCUGGCAGGGCAGCACGGGCAGUCGUGGCUGUCGCUAGCAAAGGCGGCAGGGCAGGCCUUGGAGUGGCCCACACCCCUCUCCCCUUCUCCCACAUGGCUGGAUCUACCGACAGGAGGGAACCGUCCGGUGUGCUGGCGUGCCUUGCAAACCCCUGGACUGACAGCCGCACCCAACCCUACUGGGUACGGCCGCGCGAUCGGGAAGAGGGGUCCCAGAAGAUCUGGCAUCGGCGUGCGACGUUGCAGAUUUCAACGCAAAGCGGCACAAGCAGCAAAAGACCGCCAUGGAUAUUUUACACUGCUGCAGUCGUCGAAAACAGGACAAUUUGCCAGGGAAACACCUGGCAGGUCGGCGGACAGGUAGGUGGUACGAUGGUAGCGGGAGGGCGCUGGAACAUUCACGAUGGGGAGCGGUGA